UUUAGUUUUUCUUUUCUCACAACCUUAUAUUCGCUGGCCCUGGUUGUUUCUUUUUCUUCGCACCCUUCUUUGUGCGGUUCUCAUCGGCUUCUGUGUCUACGUGGGACCAUAAGAGCGUGAUCAUCAACUUCACCCUCUAAACCUGGAUGCUGACGAGGAGUCAUUUUCCUUUGGGACAAGUGGCGAGUGCGAAGGACGCGCUCGUUUGGACGCGAAAGUGGCAGUUUCCAGGCAGUGUGUGUAAAAAUAAUCGUGCCGGUCAGGCUGGACCGAAAUCGUAAUGGAUGUCACCAGUGGAAUGAGGCCUAUUUUUGGCGGAUAUCCGUUCCAAGGACAAGGACGGAUGAAUCAGCUGGGAGGGGUGUUCAUCAACGGUCGACCUCUCCCUAAUCACAUUCGUCUGAAAAUUGUAGAAAUGGCCGCCGCUGGAAUUCGUCCUUGUGUUAUCUCCCGACAGCUCCGUGUCUCUCACGGUUGCGUCUCCAAAAUCCUGAACAGGUAUCAGGAAACAGGAUCUAUUCGUCCUGGAGUAAUCGGUGGUAGCAAACCGCGAGUGGCCACACCAGAAGUUGAGGCGAGAAUCGAAGAAUUAAAGAGGGACAAUCCGGGAAUAUUUUCGUGGGAAAUCAGGGACAAACUCAUGAAGGAGGGAUUCUCGGAUCCGCCGAGCGUCAGCUCCAUCAGCAGGCUUCUUCGGGGCGGACGACCGGGAGAUGACACGAAAAAGGAUUACACAAUCAAUGGCAUAUUGGGCAGUGGUCGCUGCGGUGACGACUCCGAUACGGAAAGCGAGCCGGGCAUUCCACUGAAGCGAAAGCAACGCAGAAGCAGAACGACGUUCACCGGCGAGCAGCUCGAGCAGCUGGAAGCUGCGUUCCAACGAGCUCAAUACCCAGACGUUUAUGCCAGGGAGGAACUGGCCCAGAGGACUGGGCUGACAGAAGCGAGAAUCCAAGUGUGGUUCAGCAAUCGCAGGGCGCGCCUUCGUAAACACGCCGGUAGCAUUGCCCAUUCGGUAGCCAGUUUGCCACUGACGCCGUGUCAAUACGCCGCGGCCGGUCACGAGCUCGCUCAGAUACCGCAGGUACCGCAGAUGCCUGGCGGAAUACCGCAGGUACCUACGACGUUGCAUCACAGCCCGACGGCGCUGCACCAGACGCCCAGCAGCGUGCACCAAGUACCCGGUUCCACCCAAAUGGCGACUACGAUGUCCCAGGUGUCCACCACGAUGAGCAACGCUCUGCAGGGACACGCGGUUGCCAUUCCCGGUCAUCUCGGCUCGCUGCCGGCGCACGCGGCAGCGUCUAUGCAACUCGCGCAGGUGUCGACGAUGCAGCCGCCGGUCGCGCACGGCGCGCCGACGUCGCUUUCGCACAAUGCCAGUAACAGCGACUGGUCGAGAUCGCAGAUUGGUUGGGGACAGUUCAAUCACUUUCAGUGCAGCGAUUACGGUUCGGGUCAUACCGGUGGUCAUCAGCACGGAUCGCACGCGAAUCAGAAUACUCAGUCCUCGGGCACGUCGAACACCGCGACAACGCCAGAUUGGUACGAUCAAAGCUACGAUUACGCCCAGCUUAAUUAUCGUAGCGUGGGCGGAAUAUUUUAG